CGUUCUGCAACAGGAAAAUAUUGUCAACAAAGAUGGCGUACUGGUUCCACAGGAAUCCGCUGAAAGCGACUACCGUGCUUACUUUUGAGUUACGAGGAGUAUCAACAGAUGAAAAGACAAGAAGGAUUUUUAAUGAAUUGCGACAAACAAGGAAUAAACUACUGGAGUUACUUACUGACCCGAACCAUGAUAUUGUAACAGUAGAGAAGGCCACGUCUGAUUACUUCUGCCUCCUUAUGGGCCUCACACAGCCAUUCGGAGAGGAAGGGGAAAACAAAUUGAGAAAAGCAAUCAAGUACAAAUGGACCAAUACACUUUUGGGAAAUACUCCUAUGGAACAGUUUGAUGCUGUAUUCGAGGCAGCAUCUAUGGCCAUCAACAUAGCGUUGUGGUAUACAAAACAUGCUGCCAAACUGGCUGCUAAGGAAGAACCAGAUAUGGAGGAAGCAAAGGAGGUUCACAAGUGUUUGAGGAUAGCUGCAGGUAUAUUUAAAUUUGUCAAGGAUGAUCUAAUAACGCGGUUGUCUGAGAACACAGAGGGAGCUGUAGAUACGGACAAUCGAGUCCUAGAGGCCUACAUCCAUCAGUGUACAGCUGAGGCACAGGAAGUAACUUUAGCCAGAGCUGUGGAGAUGAAGCAUGCUUCAACAUUGAUAGCAUCUCUAGCAUUUGAAACAGGACAGAUGUACCAAAAAGCAGAUGAUGCUUUAAACAGUUUAGAUGACAAAGUGGUAGGGAAGUGGCGCAAGUACUGUCAGCUAAAAAGUAGUUUCUACAUCGCCAAUGCCCAUUGUUACAAUGGAGAGACACUUUUAGCACAAGACAAAUGUGGGGAAGCAAUAAGAGGACUACAGGAGGGAGUGAAAUUGUAUGAACAAGCUGAAAAACUAUGUUUGGAUUAUGCAUCGGCUAAAGGACUAGGAACAUUCGCCCGUCCAGCGAAUCAUCUAUUCUUCAGAAAAGUAGGACCGAUACUGAAAAGAACAUUAGAAAAAUGUGAAAGAGAAAAUGGAUUGAUAUACCACCAGAAGACUGUAUACGAUGCUCCAGCCCUGGAGUUGAAGGCCACCUAUGGACUUGUAGCCCCUGAGGAGUUUGCUUUUCCUACUAUCAAUCCUCUGUGGACCAAGGAUGUCUAUGAAAAAAUGAAUGCAAAAAUGGCACCUAAGCCUGACGAAAACAAGGACAAGAGUAAGAAGCCUGAGGACCUACCCCCAGUGAAGGAGAAGGAAACACCCAUGUCUGAAAAGGACCCUGGGAAUUUCAGUGGUUGUGUAGUGUCAUAAGACAUGUGUACAGAUCUUUGUAGCCUUGUAUACAGCACAUAGACGAUACAUUCUCAGUAGUGUUGUAGGCUAGAUAUAGAAACACAUUACCAUGGACAAAAAGUGCUUGUAUGUCAAGGAUUGGAGGGACAGAAGCCUGAUUUUCUAACAACUGUGAUGUAGAGACAUGUGUUAUGUUAACCUGUUACUGAUGAUUUGGAUAUAUUUACCCAUACCUAGACGGACUGUGGCAGAUUAUUGUCAUUCUUAGACAGUUUGACAUGGUAUUGAUUUGUGUAUAUAUAUCCGGAAAGACUUGCAUUUGGUACAGAUGGGCUGCUACGUAUACAUACGUGGACAUACUAGCAGGGUAUGGUUGUGUUACCUAAACAGGCAUGCUAAGUAAACAUAUGUCAUAUACUUGGUGAGAUAAUUAAAGUACGACUAGGUUUUUAAAUGAAAAACUGAUAUUAUAGCGUACUGAAAGGAAUACUUUAAAACAUGUUUUACUGAAGCAUUGCUGAAAGGUGCCCUGGUGCUAUUGUUAGAUAACCAGGCUGCUGAAGGUCUUUUUUUGGUAGUUCCUUUUUCAUAUCAAUUAAUUUUUGUGUGACUUUUUGUAGAUAACAAGGGAAUCACAAAUAGUGAGGUUCAUUACUUGAACAUCUUCACGGAUUUGUUUCAUUGAUAUUAUGCUUGCUAAUUAGAACCGACUUCUAUUCUUAACCAGGUUUUCUCUGUAGGUGAAGCACUUCACAGAGAUUAUAUGAUACUUCUUGUAUUUAUUGAAAUUAAAUUAAAGCUAAUAGUGUGUGAAAAUGGAGGCAUUUUUCUGCAUAUAGGACAAAAGCGGUGAAUGUACAUUUCCCUUCAUAUUACUAGCAUGAAACAAGACAGUUUAUUUAAGGAUGUUUCCAGUUUAUUUAAGGAUGUUUCCUGACACCAGUAGAAUGAUAAAAGUACACUAAUUAAUAUAAAUCUGCUUUAAGUGAUGUUCCUGUUACUGUAGAGUGUGCCUGACUUAUUACAAAACCAUGACAAGUAUAGACUGUUAUACUGUCUUCUACAUACAAUCACAACAGUAUAGUUCUAACUUCAUUGUUUUCCCAAAAUUUCUCCUUAAUUUUGCCGUGUUAAGUAAGUGUUUUAGUGCAAUAGAUGUUUUAUGCAUUUUAUUUCUGAUUUUCACGUGAAUUAUUUUACAGAUGCUGAAACAGGAGAAAAAAGAUUUCUCUGAAGCAGUCAUUAAUCUAUGUUUUGAGUACCGGUAUGUGUUUCUAAGAAAUUUCCAAGUUUCUACAAGGAGAAAUGAGUUGAUUUUCUUCUUAUCUUAAUAAUAAAGGAAUAUUUUGUUUGUUCAAAUUUGACUCAAGUUAAGAGAAAACAAAAUUUCAUUGUCGUCUUGGACCAUGAACAGAUACUAUCAAUAUAAUGUUUAAAAUAUAUAAUUUAUGGAGAAAAAAUCAAGAAAUAGCAGUCUAAUUGUUUAAGGCCUUGAGAAAUUCCUCAGGAAUAUGGUUGUUUCAGGAACUAGUCUGAUGAAAUUUGGAUACAUAAGUGAAGUAUGCUCUUGUUCUGUUUCUAAUACAUAUAAAUUGUAGCAUGUGAAGUAUUGAGUAAUUAAUUAUAUAUAUAAAGGUGACACUCAUUUGCACAUCUUUUUUAAAGAGAUUCAUAACCACUUUUAAGUAAUAUAGAGAGAUAUCUUAACAUGAUUACUGUAUAGUCUUUAUUCUGUUUACUGUAUGUACUAGGGUAGAAUACUAGAUGUACAUGUAUAGCAUAAUGAUAAUAUAUCCUUGUGUCUGUUGAUUGUAUAUAUAUGAUGAUAUAUAAUGUAUUUAUAAGGUAUUGUGUAUAUAGAUUCAUUAUGGAUUUGUAUUGAACAAAAAUAAUUUCUAUGUCAUGCUAUGCAUGUGGAGCCAGUCAAGGAUUUAAAAGAAUAUGAUAUGUUUUUCUAUGUCUACAAUGUAUAUAAAUACUAGAGCUACUCUCACAUUAACUUCUAUGUCACAAUAUAUGUACACGCAUGUAGAGCUAUUCUGAAGUUGUAAGGGGCACUCCGUUAUUUCUAUAUUGUGAUCAAUAGUAUGAUACAUUGUGCUAUAAUAGUUUUGUGACAUACUGGUAACCCAGUCACCUAAAACCCUAUUAAAUCCUUUGUUUGCCUUCUUAA